AUGAAGGCAGAAAUUGACGAAAAAGAACCCUUUCCAGAAACAGAUGCUGACAAUUUGGAAGUUGAUGUUUCUAAAAAUGUGUUUAUGUUUGUUGAAUUAUCCAAAGAUUGGCCAAUAAUUAUAUUGGGUGUAUUAUUAAUGGCUGCUUCAGCUGCAGCAACACCAAUUAAUACUUAUGUAUAUGGGAAAAUUAUGGGACAAUUGUCUGAAUUUUACAUUAACGGAUCAUCUUAUCAUUUAUUUAUUAAUCAAAUUGGUAGGUUGUGUGGUGUUUUAAUUGGUGUUGGUGGUGCAAAAUUGAUUCUUGUUUGGAUGGGUAUGUUUAUUUGGUUGAAAUUUGGUGAAAUCCAACAACACAGGGCCCGUGAAGAGAUAUUUGAUAAAAUUUUGAAAGAACCUACAUCAUGGUAUGAUUUAAAUACUAAUUUAAUGGGAGAAAUGACUCAAGUUAAUAGAUGUAUUGAAGAGUUAAGAUCUGGUAAUGGUGAAAUUAUGGCUAAUAUUGUCCAGACAUGUGGUUUGGUAAUAUCAUUGAUUAUCAUGUCAUUUUAUCAAUCUUGGCAAAUUACUUUAAUUGUUAUGGCAAGCGCUCCUGUUAUGGCUGUUGUCGGUUGGUAUUUUGGUAAAUUGACUUACAAAGCACAAGAACAAGAAAACGAAUACACGUCGCAGGCAAGUAAAAUUUUGGACUGGUGUUUAGUGAACCCUAUUUCUGUGAGGAUAUUCAAUGGUAAGUACAUCGAAUUGAGUAAGUUCAACCAUAUUGUUAAUACAUCUGCUAAAAGCUAUUACAAAGUUGCCAAUGCUAUUGCAGCCAAUUCUGGUGUUUUGAAAUUCUUGACAUUGAUGAUGUUUGUUCAAGGUUUUUGGUUUGGUGUUUACUUAAUGCAAAAAGGUAGAGUUACAAUUGGACAAUUGUUUACGACUUUUAGUUCAACUUUGAUGCUUGGCCAAACUAUUUCUGGAGUAACGUCAUUGUUAGCUGUUUUGAACACAUCCCAUGCUGCUGCGGGUAAAAUUGCGAAAUAUUUACAAACUGAGGAAGAACCUCAAUUAGCCACAUGCUAUCCAUCGUAUUCGGUUGAUAAUAUUGAAUUUGAUAAUGUCACAUUUAAAUAUCCAUCCCGUGAUGAAAUUAUUCUAAAAGGUGUAACGUUUAAAAUACAACAGAACAGGUUCAAUUAUAUAAUUGGUAAAUCCGGUGCUGGUAAAUCUACAAUUCCGUUGAUAAUAAUGAAUUUAUAUCCCACUAUUGGCGGUGCAGUUCGGAUUGAUGGUAUUCCUAUACAGUAUUUGGACCCCAAAUAUAUUGCUCAAAAUAUUACAUUACUUCAGCAAAACCCAGUAAUGUUCAACAACAAGACUAUAUUGGAAAAUAUUGCACUUGGAGUAAUUGAUGACUAUGACACUUUAGAAGACAUUCCGAGACAUUUAGUUGAAAAGGCUGCCAAGUUUUCUUUGUUGCUGGAUUUGGAUUUGGAUAUGAAAGUUUCUGGUCUGUCGUUAUCUGGUGGCCAACAACAAAGAAUUUCCAUUGCAAGAGCAUACUUGAAAGAUUCACCUGUUUUAAUCAUGGAUGAAAGUUUUAGUGCCUUGGACAAUCAAAAUAAACAAGUUUUAUUUCAAAGAAUCAAAAAAUGGAGAAAUGGUAAAACUACCAUUUUCAUCACUCAUGAAUAUGAUAAUAUUGAAGAUGAUGAUUUUGUUAUCAUUAUGGAACAUGGUAAUGUAAAAGAUCAAGGUGAAUUUAUCAAAUUUAAAAACGAUGAGGUUGUUACUAGUUACAAAGCGCAAGCAUAUGAAGAAGUGAAAGAACCAGAAGUGACAAAAGAAAAAGCUCAUACUAACUAUGACUACAAAACCAACCCAUAUAUCCUAAAAGAUUUGGAAUCAGCAUCGAUUGAUGAGGAUAAAGAAGAAGAAAAACUCAUGGGUGUUAUUGCUAUUUUGAAGUAUUGCAGUUCGUCUAUAACCAGGAAAUGGUUGUUAGCAUUGGGGGUGUUGAUAUCUUUACUUGAAGGUGCGGCUAAUCCUAUAUUUUCAUAUUGUUUCUCUAAAUUAUUAGCUAUAUCAAUGGAAGCAUCUAUUGGUGUGAAUGUAACAAGCAAAAUCGUAGUUUGGUCGUGCAUUUCAUUGUCUAUUGCUGGUUUCACUGGUAUUUCAACUUAUCUUUCUGAGUUUAUACUACAGUAUUGUAGUGAAAAUUGGAUUGUUUCAUUGCGUCAAAUGUCAUUUGAUAAGAUUAAUAAUCAAGAUAUGUCUUAUUUCAAUUCAAAGUUAGAACCAGCUGAAAUCACCACCUUGUUAAUGAAUGAUACUAGAGAUUUGCGUAGCUUGGUUUCACAAUACAUUUCAUUGGUUACUACAUUAGUUACCAUGGUAUUGAUUGGGGUUAUUUGGUCAAUUGUUACUGGAUGGAAAUUGGCACUAGUUGGUAUUGCAUUUGUACCACUUGUUUUGCUCGUAACAUGUGCUUAUGGCAUAAUAUUGGAAAUCGCUGAAAACAAGUACAAGACAAGCGUUGUUGAUGUUGAAACUCAGAUUCACCAAACAAUGACAUCUAUUAAAACCAUCAGGUUAUUUCAUAUGAAUCGGUAUUUUAAAGAAUCAUAUGAUGAAGCUUUAGUUGGUUUAAAAUCAGUUGGUACUUAUAGAGCUUUUCAAACAGGUAUUGGAUUUGCUAUUUCUGACUUGUGUAGUGCUAUUUCUCAGGGGAUAAUUUUAUUUUACGGUAUGCAAUUGGCUGGCAAGUUUCAAUAUUCUUACUUUCAGUUGUUGGAAGUUAUAACAUUAUUGACAUUUACAAUUUCAAAUGCUUCCCUGUUAAUUAACCAUUUACCAGAUAUUGCCCGUGGACAAAGAGCAGGUACAUUUGUUGUGAAACUAUUAGAAAGUACACCAAUAUCAAAAGUGGAAACUGAAGGUAAAAUCAUACCAAGACCAUCAGAUAAAGCUAUUUCCUUUAAUAAUGUAACUUUCGCAUAUCCAAGUGAUCUACUUGAACCUAAACUAAAGAAUGUUACGUUUGAUAUUAAUAUUAAUGAAACUGUUGGAUUAGUUGGAGAAUCAGGAUCUGGUAAAUCAACUAUCAUUUCCAUAUUACUUCGUCUUUAUGGUGCCAAAUCAGUUAAAUUGUUUAAUGAAGAUAUAUCACAAAUUGAUAUUGAUUGGUUACGAGAAACAAUUGGUAUAGUACCACAAUUUCCAAAAUUCUUUGAUGGAUCAAUUUAUGAUAAUUUGCUUUAUGGGAUGAAUCCAAUUAGAAUUGUAUCAGAGCAAGAAGUUACUAAUGUUUUAAAAUUAGUUAAUAUGUAUGAAUUUAUUGUAUCUUUACCUGAAGGAAUCCAAACAUGUAUUGGAGAAGGCUCAAACUCGUUGGUUUCUGGUGGACAAUUACAAAGACUUUCAAUUGCUCGAGCAAUAUUAAGAAAUCCUAAAAUUCUUAUAUUUGAUGAAUGUACUUCAAAUUUAGAUCCAAUAAAUUCUAAACAAAUCAUUAAAUUAAUUGAAUCAUUAAAUGGGAAAUUUACAAUAUUGUUCAUUACUCAUGAUAAAGAAAUGAUGAGAAUUGCUGAUAAUUUAAUUGUUUUGAAAAAUGGAAAACUAGUUGAACAAGGAUCUUAUUUACAAUUGAUAUCAAGUAAAGGAGAAUUAUCUGAAAUUACAAAAUCUCCAGAUAUUUUCUUAUAA